UAGUGUCAAUCACAUAUGUCAGAUGAUUAGCUAUUGUUUUGGUAUAUUUAAUGCACUUAAUUUAUUCCGUGAUGACAUACUGAUUCAAUUACCUUUUUAAUUAUUUAUAAAUAUAAUUUUAAAAUGAUUUGUGCUAAUGUUAAUCAUCGACAUCUUGAAAUCAUCUAGACACAUAUCUAAAUAGUUUUAUUAUUCUUGUUUUUUCUUUUCUUAUCUUUGUUAAAUUAUUAUUGUCAUUGAUAUUUUAAUGAAUAAUAAUAUAUACAUAUUUUUUUUAUCAUCAUCAUGCUGACUUAUCAAAGUGUCAGUCAGUAUUCUCUUAUUUAAAAAGUGGAAUAACAUCAACAGUAUGCAAGAUUUUUACUGAGGACAUUGACAAUAAUCUCAUCGUCAUUUUGAAGUUGUAAAAAAUUUAUCUGGCAGAAAUAAAAAACAACAAGAAAAAUAUAAUAAUCAACAUAAUGGAGCUUGAUACUCCUGAAUUUACUUCAAAGGAUGAUGAGAUCCAAUAUUGGAUGGAAGUUGCCCAACAAAUGUAUCAAAGAAAAGAAGAGGUUGAACAUGAGCUGGAAGAGUUCCAAGAAAAUUCACAAAUGCUGGAAAAAGAAUUGGAAACAUCAUUAGAACAAUCAGAAAAAACAAAUCGUGAAUUACGUCAACGUAAUUCAAGACUUUCCACUGAAAUGGAACAAUUAAGAUCAAGAUUAAAUCAACAAACAUCUGAUUGUUCUGUAUUUCAAUCAAGAGCAACUGAAUUAGAAUCUCAACAUGAUCAACUUGUCAAGUAUAUACGUGAAUUAGAACAAAAAAAUGAUGAUCUUGAACGUGCACAAAGGAUAAAUACAGCAACUGAAGAGGCUAUUGAAGCAAAAUUUAAUUCAGCAAUUGAAAAAAAUGCAUUAUUAGAAUCAGAACUUGAUGAAAAAGAAAGUCUCAAAGUUAUUGUACAAAGAUUAAUGGAUGAAAACAGAGAUCUUAAACAAGAAAUAAAUAUAUUAAAACGAUAUGUACCAGAUAAUGACAAAUCAGCAGAUAAAGUACGAAGUCUUGUUGAUAGUAAUAAAUUACAAGUUGAAUUGGAAACAAAUGUUAAUUCAAUAAUAACACCAAUGACUAAUCAAAAUAUAACAAAUGGUCAACAACAACAACAAGUUAAAAUUGGUAAUGGAGUCGUUGGAGGUGUCAACAACAACAAUAACAACAACAACAACAUCAACAAUAAUAAUAAUAACAACAUGAAUAUGCCAAUGGCACCAUCAACAAGGAUACUUGCAAUGAACAUGAUUGGUGAUCUCAUGAGAAAAGUUGGGGCCCUGGAAAAUAAACUCAACACUUGUCGAAAUGCAUCUCGUGAGGAUCAAUCAAUGAGAGACUUGUACAGGACUAGACGUCAGGUGCGUGUUCUCACCACUGGAAACAACAGCAUUAGAUUGUAAAUUAUUACAACAGCUUACAGCUCCAUACAAGUCUUGCAAUAAUUAUUAAAUAUUAAUAUUAAAUUUAAAAAAUUAAUUAACAACAAUAACAUCUACUUAGAUAAAAAAUUAAUUAAAUAUAUUCUCUUCAAGAAAUAUUUUAGUAUAAUGAAAAUUGUAAAUAUCAUUUGUGUAUUUAUUUUAUUAUUAAAUUUUCAAUUGACAUAAUUAAUUAUGAUUAUACACAAUAAUCAUAAAGAAACUUUAUAAACUUUUGAUGUUCAAAACAACAAUCUAUUUGUUUGAAAAAAAAACCAGUCUAAUAUUUUUUUGUUUAUUGUUUAAUUGAUUUUUUUUUAGAGAAAAAAAAAAACGUUUAAUACGUCGCAAGCAGGCUAUUCAUGAUAACAAAAACCGGAUCAAAAAUGGAAAUAAUAAUUUAUAAAUAAUACUAAUAAUAAUAAUUAUAAUUUUAUCUGUAUUUAACAAUAAUAGUUUUGGAAAUUAAUUAUUUUAAAAAAAAUUUUAAGCAGCUAAUUUUGUUAAUUUAAAUUUCGAAAUUAAUUAUAAAAAAAAAAAAAAGGACUAUAUAAGUAUAUAAUAAUUAUAAAUAAAUAAUAAAAAAUGUAAUAAUAUUUAAUGACAGAAAUAAAAUUGUUUAUUUAAAAAGAAAAAAAAA